CCGUGCUCGGGGCAGUGGGGGGUCUGUUCUGUGUGUGAAGUAGCCUGUCCUUACCCAGAAGCGUGGCAGCGUCAUGGUCCACUCAGUCGCUGGACUUUGGACACAAGUUGGGGCUGUUGAAAAAACAGGAGGUUCCCCACGGGCCGAUGGAGCUGCCCCGCCAAGGGCACGCACGUCUCUGAGAGGGGCCCGACGUGUUUCGGCGAUGGCUACCAGCGCAGUUUCUGCACCAUCCCCUUGCCAGGUCGCGGGAGCCUGCGUGUCCAGGUGGCCCUCGCCCGGUGCCAGCGUUUUCCUUCAUGGCCUGCAGCUGCCCCGUCCGGCUCGCUCUCCACCGCUCCUCACCCCUGCCGUCAAUUGCAUGAAGGCUUGGCAUACAGGCCAGUCCGAUUUGGCCCGGAUUAGUCCUGAGGAUCUGGAGGGAUUUGGGCGUGUAGAUUGGUAUUUAACACGGGGCUAAAAGGCAGGAGGCAAAGAGCCGGUGUGAAACUGCUCCGUUCCCAGAAUUGUCGCUCGGGGGCUGGGGAGCGGGGGACAGUGAUUUCAUAGUUGAGGAUAGGCCUGGCUGACGGAAAUCAACGUGUAAAAUGUGACGUCGCUUUUUGCAAAUAUCGGUCACAACCUAGAACUCUACACACUUUGCCGUCAUAAAAUGCAAAGCUUUUCUGAUUGGCUUUUAUUACCUUUCAGACCCUAUCACAUAGGACAGCAUGCACCUGAAGAUUCUGAAGAAAAGGCACAAAGCGUUCAGGUGAUGCUCAGAGUCACUCCGUAGGGCGUGUCAGGGCCACCAUGCAGCCAUCAGGACACCGGCUCCGGGACGUCGAGCACCACCCUCUCCUGACUGAAAAUGAUAGUUACGACUCCUCCUCGUCCUCCUCGUCCGAGGCCGACGUGGCAGACAGGGUGUGGUUUGUCCGCGACGGCUGCGGCAUGGUCUGCGCAGCCAUGACGUGGCUCCUGGUCGUCUACGCCGACUUCGUGGUGACCUUCGUCAUGCUGCUGCCAUCCAAAGACUUCUGGUACUCGGUGGUCAACGGGGUCCUCUUCAACUGCCUGGCAGUGCUGGCCCUGUCCUCCCACCUGAGGACCAUGCUCACCGACCCCGGGGCAGUGCCCAAGGGGAACGCCACGAAGGAGUACAUGGAGAGCCUGCAGCUGAAGCCUGGCGAGGUCAUCUACAAGUGCCCCAAGUGCUGCUGCAUCAAGCCCGAGCGUGCCCACCACUGCAGUAUUUGCAAAAGAUGUAUUCGGAAAAUGGACCACCACUGCCCGUGGGUGAACAAUUGUGUAGGAGAAAAGAAUCAGAGAUUUUUCGUGCUCUUCACUAUGUAUAUAGCUCUGUCUUCAGUCCACGCUCUGGUUCUCUGUGGAUUCCAGUUCAUUUCCUGUGUCCGAGGGCAGUGGACUGGGUCUGCUGUUCUUCACGUUCACCGCAGUCAUGUUUGGCACCCAGAUCCACUCCAUAUGCAACGACGAGACGGAGAUCGAGAGACUGAAAAGCGAGAAGCCCACGUGGGAGCGACGGCUGCGGUGGGAAGGGAUGAAGUCCGUCUUUGGGGGACCCCCCUCACUCCUCUGGAUGAACCCCUUCGUCGGCUUCCGAUUUAGACGACUGCAAAUCAGACCCAGGAGAGGCGGCUCGGAGUUCUCUGUGUGAAGCUCCACCGUGCUGGGGCAGCAGAGGGGCCUUGCGCGGGGCCCGGGCGCCGCGGCUCCCCUGGACGUGGCCGUGCAGACCCGCUGCGUGCAGCCAGCAGGGCUUCCGUCCAGCCGCGGCCGCACUGCACCACGCCCACCUCGGCCUGGACAGCUGACCGGAGGGCGUGGCCACACCAGGCCAGAUGUCCUCUUCCUGCUCAGUUGGGACUUCCGUUAAGGAUGCUCUGCGCUGUCUAAGAAGUUUGGGAUAUUACAUGGGCUAUUUGAAUCCUGUGUACUGAGCUGCUUUUUUUUCAAUCACGAAGAAGAAACAACGUCAAUCCUGUGAACGAGAGGUCUCCCCGGACUCAGGGAGCUCCGGGUGGCCUGUGGCCCACGGGCACACUCCCCUGAUGACAGCAGGGAUGGACACAGACGGGGCCUCGGCCUCGCCACCUGACGCCCUGCAUGGGAACUGCGAGACGAGAGGCCCACGCCCUGAGCAGUGGGGCGCCUCCUGGCACACUCCCCCGCCCUGAGAGGCACCCUGGUCCCUUCUGUGAGCCUGUGUGUGCGUGCGCGCGCGUGUGCAUGUGUGUGUUAAGCCCGGCAGUGUUGUCUAGGUGGCGUGUCGUGACGGCUGUGUACAGCAAACAAGCUAUUUUUUAGAGACCGACAUUUCAGGGAAGAGGGUCGCACGUGGCGGCCCCGGGGUUAUUGUGAAUGUACGCAUGUCGGAGAGUGUCCCGAUCCAAAGAACAAUCGUCUGGCUCUUCACGCCCUCCUGUGCCGACGCUCCUUAGACGGUCAGGGAACCCAUUCUCCCGAUGCUCCAGCCAAAUUGGGUGUACAGAUGGCACCUGUGAGGAGGCCGGGGCGUGGGAGGGCGCAGCCUGGCGCCUCCGGGAAGGCACACGAACGUAGCCAGCCCCGAAGGGCACACCCCUCGGCACAGCAGCACCGAGGCCACGCCGGUCAGGGUGGCGGCAGCUCACCGCUGUCUCCGCCCCAGCACAAGUGACAAAACAGGAUCCUUGGUGCGAAGUGUAAAAUUGUACCAGAAAGCAAACAGCCCCCCUCCACGGGGACUCGCCUUAAACUUGCCUGGUUCACUGUCCCCGGCUGCAUUACGAAGCUCCCGGCGACCGGUCGAGGGCCUUCCCUUAGGUCUGCUUCCCAGGCUCAGAAAGUGGGCGUCUCCCCUGGGGGCUGUCCUGCCUUCCCGUUCAUCUGUGAGCUGUUCAAUUUUGUUUCCCUCACCCGAUCCUAAUCAGGGCUCCUGCCACGGCUGAGGCAAAACCACGGGACCGACUGCAGCCCAGUCUGAGCGCAGGCACACGGCCGCAGGUGCUCCCGGGCGAGGCAGAGACGGCUCACUGGGUGGGCCGGGACAGCCAGCGGCAGCGGGAGGGGCUCCCAGAGGGCGUGCGGCAGGUUCGUUUGCACAUCCGGGUCGGCUGGAUGGCUGGACGGCUGGCCUCGGUGAGGCUGCGUGCCCUGUCAUCAGUAAACGACGCGGUUGGCUGCAGGGCUCGCAGGGCGGCCGACCAGGUAUACUUGACUCCAGCCUCCUUUCGAUGUACCUUUUCUAUGAAUAAAGCAACCAGUUGACAGUUGUCA